UGAAGAACUCAUUCUCAGGGAUGCUAUUUCCAGCUCUCAAUCUCAGUAUGAGGGGGCUCACUCUGAUCCCCAGCAUUGAUACGUAUUUUCACAUCAAGGCUAUAAAGAGGACAUGCUUUGCAUCUCUUCUCGACACAAACACCACAGCUUCUUCUUCACUGCUUCAACAUCAUCUCCAUCGUCUCGUCAAUUUGCUCCCUUUUAUCAGCAUCAGUUUCCCUUCUCGCCACCAUGCGCUCAAAGCCAUCCUCUGCGAUGCGGCUUCUGCUGUGUUCCUCAGUCGUCUUCACAGCGUCUGCAGCCGUCAUCCGCACACCACUCAAACAGCGCGCGGACCCCCCCGUUCUGGAGGACUGCCAGAUAGAAAUCCAGAAUGAGAUGGCCAACGAUCUCGGCAGAGUCAAUACAGAUGGCACAGCCGGUAUUGGCGCCGAAUUUGAGAGUCCUGAAUUCUACUUCGAAACAACUUGCAGCCCAGAGGAUACAUUCGCAGCCAAGGGAAAGGUCAUUGCCGAUCGAACGGGCACGAACUGGAAGCUUACUGCGGACUCUAUCUCCACCGAGGGGAAACUUAAUGCUGAAUACAUCAUCGAUGGCGUCAAGGUCAAAGUAGGCAGCACAGAUGAUGCAACCAAUGGCGCAAAGGUCGCGGGAGCUCUCGCCCAGGAUCUUAUUGACUGGUACCCAUGGAGCGGCGAUAGCGACUCACCGGCACGACAGGUCAAAAUAGCCGAAAACAACUGCAAUCCGUGGAAGAUCAUGACCAAUAGCGACACACUACCCGAAAAAGUGAAUUUCCAGGCUCAAAUCACCGCGGGGAUGCCGUUGGAGGCGCUAUACAGCCUGAUGAAAGAGAGCUUCGAAGACCCCCCUGUGGAUGAAAGGAAUGUCCUCGAUGGGUUCAGUGGCCAAGGGGAUGAGUAUCUCAUGUUUGUGACGAAAGAGCACUUCAAAACUAGUCCAGGUGGCAUUAGCCCGGAAAUGGUCACGGAUGAUGUGCUGGCCUUUUGCACCUUGGUUUUGUCGUACGCCAAAGUUGCGAAAGAAAAUCCGCGCGCAAGUCCCAAGCUUUUCACGACGUUCAUGCCCCGAACAAACUUCAACAAGAUAUUUUCGCAGGUUAGCUCCAAGUUGCCAGCAAAGGGAGACGACCUUUGGUCGCUGUUCAACAUCCUUGCAUGCUACCAGCGUGGCGGAACAGAAAUCGAUGAAGACCUGUGUGAGGGGAGUGUUGACAGUCCAGAGCCUAUCGACAAUGAUUUCGGUGACCUCACGUAUUCUCAAGGCGGAGCCAAGUGCAACAUCAAAGAUUGGAUCCGUGGUCUAGACCCGGAAUCGCAAGACAACGAUGCUCUUACCGAGUUCGACAAGGUCAAUGACGGGUCUAUCGGAGCCCUGGGCACGACUCAAGAAAAGAUGUUCAACUCUGAGCGCUCUGUACCUCUCUUCGAAUUCCGCGAUCUCGACGUCGUCUCGACGGAUGGGAUGGAAGACUUUAUGCGCAGGGUAGACCAGGCCAUCCAAGAUCUUCACAACAAUUUUGUCAACGCGCCUGGAAAGAGGGUCAGGCGUGGUGUCUGCGAUAAUCGUGAGCCGGAGCUGGAGCCGCAGCCUGAACCUGAACCGGAGCCGACGGGACCAACCAAGCAACUCGCAGUCCUCUCUUCCUUCGUUGUAGGCGCUCCCACUUUGGACUGGCUUUUCCUCGAGGCCGACUACCAACAGGGCGUCGAAUGCCGCGAAGACUUUCUCCGCCCCUUCGACACUGAGCCCUGGGAUUUCUCUGGCAAUGGUGCACAGGCUGGCUCGACAUUCCCUGGCGGCACACGAGAACUCGACCUCGAGAUUGACGGGCAGAAAUGCCAGUACCAGAACGACGGCGACGACCCAGGAGCGCUUUGGUGUGGCGAGAGGGUCAUUGGCUGCAUCAACGACCCGGCCGACAAGGACCCCGAAGACGCGAAUUCGGACAAGGGCAAUUAUAUGUGCGGCGAUUACACGCGACAGCCUGUGUUUGUCUGCCCUUGGUAGUUGCGCAGUACAUGAUGUUGGUCGGCAUUUCUAGACUGUUCCGCACAUGCGAGAUUGGAGGGCGUUUUGGGGUCUUUUGUACAGUAGUUCCGUCGCUCUCUUUGUGUUCGUGUUUUGUCGUUAGUGUUUCGGUGGCUCAGGUGGUGCGAGAUCGGGGUCUGUGCUCAACGCUAGAUUCCGGCGGCAAAAGAUGGAACUCAACACCAUCAUGUCGGCAC